AUGGAGUCACUUAGUCAUUCAGAUUUUCAAGAGAUACUCACUGCGUGGUGUGAUGAGGUUCUCAUUGACAAAUCACAUGCCCUAGUGUUGGUGGGUGUGUCUGCAGCUGAGGAGGUAGCACAUAUUGAAGAAAUCACAGAGUCAGUAAAAGUGUGGGGAAGAGUACGUGUUAGAGCUACUAAGACAGACCCAAAUUCACAUAAACAGCUCGUAUUGUGUGAGACCCGAGAGGUAGUUAAUCCUGCUCUUGUGCCUGUUGAACUGUUGUCUGCUGCUGGGGAAGAACCGUGGAAAGUAGUAGUAUACAUGGAAAAGGUACCUUCCUCUACUGAAUUUGCUGAAAAACUUGCCAUGUUUUUAGCAGGUGAAGGAAAGUCAUUGACUGAUGUGCAAGCUCUUCUGUCUUCCCAAGGUCCUAGUGCUAGUUCUCCAGAGGCUAUCAUUCGUGCAGUGGGGGAUCUGUUAGAGAAAACAGGUAAACCAUCCAACACUGAUAAUGUUUACAGAAGGCUGCGCAUUUUUUCUGGUACUGUUCCUACACCACCAGGAGAAGAAACCUUAGAUGGUUGGAUUGAUCAAGCCCGAAUGAUGAUUGCAGAAUGCGAAUGCUCUGAGAAGGAAAAAAGGCGUAGAGUUGUGGAGAGCUUAAAAGGGUCAGCACUUGAGAUAAUCAAAGCAGUACGAUUUUCUAAUCCUGAAGCUAGUGUUUUACAAUACAUAGAGGCACUGGAAAGUACCUUUGGUACUUCUGAGUCAGGAGAAGAUCUGUAUUUUGCGUUCCGCCUGUUAAGACAAUGUCCUGGUGAAGCCUUAUCAGAUUUUCUGCGCAGGAUGGACAAAGCGUUGAACAAAGUAGUCCAAAAAGGUGGAGUGUCUCUGCAAAUGGUGGAUCGUGUCAGGGUUGAGCAAUUAAUUAGAGGUGCAGUGGAGUCAGAUCUGAUGCUUCUCCAACUGAGGCUUAGAGAGAGAAAAACUAAACCACCAACCUUUUUGACUCUCUUGAAUGAGAUUAGAGAAGCUGAGGAGAAUGAAGCUGUACGUAAGAAAAUAAGAGCUACUGUAAAGUCUGUACACAGUCAGGAGGAUGACAAAAUAAGCUUUUCAAUAGUGAAAGAGUUAAAAGCAGAGAUUAAGGAUCUGGCAACCAGGAUAGGACAGGGACCUUCAAAGACGUCAGCUGCUUCUAUGAGGAUGGAGUCUGAGCCUACUUCUACAAAAGCACAUGUGGAAACGUCUCGUGAUCUGGAGGUACACUCUCUGAAAGAACAAAUCCAACAAUUACAGCAGAAAAUUAGCGUUAUGAGUGUAGCACAUAAUCAGCUGUGUGAGCAGACUCAAAGACAAUCCAGUUUUAUGCCAAGGACACGGAAAGAUAGAGCUAGACCCCCUCAGGAAGACUUUUUCUGUUACAGAUGUGGAGAAGAUGGGCACAUUGCCACUAAGUGCCAAGCUCCUGAGAACUUGACAAAAGUGAUCCAAAAGCUGGUCAGGUCACUAAGGAAAGCUAAGUGUGACAGAAAGGAAAUGUCAAAUGACAGUGCAAAGACUGAAAACUCUGAUUGUUUCUCAAAGAAAAGCCAGAUUGAUGCUUUGGAAACUGCUUGUCUCCCUUAA